CCAUACCUCAAGUGUUCAUUCAGCCCAGCUCGCCCAGUUAGAUAAGCCCCAUAAAUCAUAAAUCGUGCCAGAUUUGUCACCAUCCGAGGUCUACCCACUCAGUGGCACCAGUGACCUACCGGUGACCCCUAAAAUUUCCAAAUCAAAACAUAACACCGAUGAGCACGUCCAACAGAUCCAGUAUAUCAAGAUCUAUUUCUUGCUAAGAGAUGCUCCGUUAUUCAAGUUUUACUGAAUCUGAUAACCUUAUUCGUUGACGCCCAGGUGAAUCACCCACAAUUACGUCGUCUUCUCCAAUCAAACUUGAUUAGUAUGAAGCUCGACGAGAGAAGGGAAGGAAGCUAUCCACGGCUGGCUGUCCUUGAAACCAGUCUGAGACCUGACACAGAUAUUCUGAUACUCUGACACGUAGGAGGAUUGAACGAACUAAUAGGAAAUUAUAUGUGACAGUUUAUCGUACAGAUUCCAAAAAAGAGAUUAUGUAUACGGAUUUAUGAACCCGACGACAAGUAUAUCAUUCACUUUACUCAUCAUAGUUCACAUCCGAGCCAGCUCAAAGGUCUAAGCCUCGAUAAAAUUAAACGAUCGUGAAUCAGUGACGAAGACAAAUCCGAAGAACCGGCGCAAACGAAUCGAUUGAAAUUAUGGUCAUCUUGUCUAAUUCACCCACUGCGAAUCGAAUUACCAUUAAUUCUACCACAGAGAAAGGCUUGAGCGAAAAGACAUUCGAAGAUUCAGCCCAUACAAUAAUCAUGGAUCAUCCAAAUGCUACACCUCCAAAGACCUCAAUAGAUACUUCAUUCGAUGGCGUCGAUCCUUCCGUGGAGUUUGUUGGGGACGUCAAUACUAAUAAUGAUAUACCCUCCCAAGAGGUGCUGAAGAAAGUUGAGAGUAUGAUCGUCCUAGAUAGGGAUGGCAAAACGAGACCUUUCAAAAGUUUAUACUCAGGCCCGAAUGUAGCAAGAAGAGUCUUGGUUAUAUUCAUCCGUCAUUUCUUUUGCGGGAACUGCCAAGAAUACCUUCGAACCCUCGCAGCAUCCAUCACCGAAGAUUCCCUCCUUCAACUCCAUACUCCCACCUUUAUCGCCGUCGUUGGUUGCGGCAGUCCAUCUCUCAUCCCCAUGUACCAAGAAGCUACAAAUUGUCCAUUUCCAAUAUAUGCGGAUCCUACAAAGAAGCUAUACGAUGAGUUGGGAAUGAUGCGCACAUUGAAUCUCGGCACCAGACCAGAAUAUCAGCGCAGAGGUACUCUCAUGGGGAUCGGACAGAGCGUACUACAAAGUCUCAAACAAAUCAAAGGCGGCAAACUGUUUCAAGGAGGUGAUUACCAACAAGUCGGCGGGGAAUUCCUUUUCGAGCCAGUGCGAAUGGCUACUCCGAUCACUUCACCUGCUGAUGGGCCCGUUGGCAUGCAUGCGAGCGGUGGAAUUUUGGGAAAUGGUGAUAAGAUAGGAGAAAACGAAGGCUAUGAAGAGAAGAGAAUCACCUGGUGUCACAGGAUGAAAAACACCAGAGAUCAUGCGGAAAUUCCAGAGAUCAGAGAAGUCCUUGGGUUCGAUGAAAUGGUCGAGGGCGGAAAGAACCAGAAGAGGUGGUCCAAAGCAUUGAGCGAGAGAAAAGGUACCGGAGUAAGCAUUGGGGCUAGAAGUAGUAGAGGAACGAGUCUGAAGCUGGAAGGAAUGAGUGAGGACGGUGGUAGUGUGCGGAGCAAGGAAGCAAUCAGCGAGAAGCCAACCUAGGUGGCAGAUGAUGUCGAAUAACAACGAGAGUGAUUGGCACGCAUGGGUCAAGUGAGUGGCCAUGGAGUUUGGUCGGUAUAUUCUUGGGGAUUAUCUUAGCGGGGCGGUUGAUACAUGGGGGAGUUCUUUUGCAAUCUUUGCUGUUUGAAAGCUUGUCGUUAUCGUUUCUAUACCCAAUUCUGAAAUGUUUCUCUGAAAUGUUUCCUUGAAAUACUGGUUCUUGAUAUUGCGGUCUACUCUGCUCCUAUUGGUCAAAUUGUGCAAUCCAAAAGUUUUGUUGCAUGUCUGAUUCCAAUCCCUUAUUGCCUUUUGUCUCAUAUGGCAGUAAGCAAAGUGAGUGAGUGGUAUUGUUGUAUAUCCAACUCUUCCAUACAAAAUCAGUACGACCGAAAGAUAUUUUGCACAUCUGAAAUGGAGUCCUUUGAUGCCUUUCCCUUUCAAAAGGCAGUAAAAGCAGAGACUUUGCUGUAUGUAUACCUAGGUACCUAGUUCUUCCAUACCAACAGGAGCACAGCUAACUAACUAUCAUCCAACGUCCCAUUUUGAUUCACCCCAUAUCUCAUCGGACAAUGUCAGAUCGGAAUCAUUCAAGUGGAUACGACUGCACUCUAUACUCAUCGUAGAUUUUCCGAAUAGUAACCCUGGUUUUUAUUUCUUCUAAUUCUAAUUUCUAUGGAUUUUAACUCGUCGUCAUCUAUACUCUCCUUCUAUCUCUACUUUCCAUUCCUACUUAACCAGAACAGUGGAAGGAUAUCCUAUACCACCCCCCGCACCCUCACCCUCAUCAUCCAUUCGAGCCACCAUUUCCCCCGAACUAAAAUGCCUCAAAGCAUUUAUACAAUUUGAUUCUUUCUCCAUCCAUUCACAAACACCUAAUAGUAUUCUCUCAAUCUGUUCUCCUUUCCUAGUCAUUUCCUCCUCUCCAACUUCCUCCCUCUACUCCUCUCCCUUUCUCCAACUCUCUCCCUAUCCCUACAAAUCUCCACCAUUCUCUUCAUUUCCACCGCCCUCAACGGUUUCGGUUCCGAUAAUCCACAUUCCGCUUCUUUAACCACCAUUAUAUCUCUUUUCUCACUCUCAUCUCUUCCUUCUCCCCCUCUUCCCAUCUUCUCACCAGC